AUGGACAAAUCUGAAUUUUCUGAUAAAGAUCUUUUCCAAAAUAAUAGAUUUUUAAAUCAAUCAAAUGAUGAUGAUAUCGGUCCUGUUCCCAUAGUUGCACAGACGUCUUUAGGGAAAAAGAGAAAAGUUAUGGUUUAUGAAGAAAAGUAUUUAUCAGCAUUACCAGAAAAUAAAAAGUAUACGAAAUCAUUUAUGCAUAGAGAUAAUAUAUUUUCUGUUUGUGUCUCUUCUAGAUAUGAUUUUAUAAUUACUACGUCAAUAGACGGUUAUCUUAAAUUUUGGAAAAAACAGGCCUCUGGAAUAGAAUUUGUAAAGCAUUAUAAAGCACAUCUUGGUUCCAUUGUUUCUACAUCACUUUCUAGUGACGGUUCUUUAUUUUCAAGUGUUAGUUCUGACAAAUCUUUAAAAAUAUUUGAUGUUGUAAAUUUUGAUAUGAUUAAUGAACUUAGUUUAGGAUACAGUCCAUUAGCAUUGUGUUGGGUAUAUUCUAAAGUUCAUGCUAUUGCAUUUUUAGCAGUAUCAGAUGCUUCUUCUCCUACUAUUAAUGUAUAUGAUGGAAGAGGGAGCUCUGAGUGCAUCUAUGUUAUAAGAAACCUUCAUACUAGGCCUGUCAGUAUUAUAUCUUUUAAUCCUAUAUAUAAUUGUGUUAUAAGUGCUGAUGAAAGCGGAACAAUUGAAUAUUGGGAACCGGAUAGUCAAUAUAAGAAACCAAGGGAUGUAUUUCAGUUCAAAAGUGAUACUGAUUUAUAUGAAUUUAAAAAGUCAAAAUCGAUACCUACUUCUAUUACUAUAUCGCCUGACGGUAAAAAGUUUUCUACUAUUUCAUUUCCAGAUCAACAAAUAAGGAUAUUUGUUUUUAAAACUGGUAAAAUGAUAAGGAAGUAUGAUGAAAGUUUGAAUAUGUUUAAUAAAUUGCAACAGUCUGAUAAAAAUAUACAUAAACUAGAUGAUAUGGAAUUUGGACGGCGUAUUGCUAUAGAAAGAGAAUUAAUAAAUGACAAAUUUUAUAAACUUACUUUAAAUACAAUUUUUGAUGAAUCUGGAAGUUUUAUUAUUUAUCCUACAUUAUUGGGUAUAAAAUUUGUAAAUAUAUAUACGAAUUGUUGCGUACGUUUGAUUGGAAAAGAUGAGUCAUUAAGAUUCAUUAAUCUUUCUUUAUAUCAGGGUACACCUAAAAAAACAAAAAGGACUACACUUGCUAUGAUUGCAUCUGAGAAUCCGUUAGUGACUGAGUCUAAAAAUAUAGAUCCUAUUUUAUUUUGUUCUGCUUAUAAAAAAUCUCGUUUUUAUAUGUUUAUGAAAUUUUCUGAAAGUGAUUCAACAAUUGAUAGAGAUGUUUUUAAUGAGAAGCCUAUUCAAGAAAACAAUUUAGAUGUAGAAACGUGCUUGUUAACUUCUACUGGAACAUCUGCUGUUAUACAUACUACUCUUGGUGAUAUAUGUAUUAGAUUAUUUCCUGAAAUAGCACCUAAAGCUGUAGAAAAUUUUGUUACACAUUCUAAAAAUGGUUAUUAUGAUAAUACUAUAUUUCACCGUAUAAUUAAAAAGUUUAUGAUACAGUGUGGUGAUCCUUUGGGUGAUGGGACUGGUGGUGAGAGUAUUUGGGGUGUAGAAUUUGAAGAUGAAAUAUCAUCUGAAUUAAAACAUGAUCAUCCAUACACUGUGUCUAUGGCAAAUGCUGGUCCAAAUACGAAUGGUUCUCAAUUUUUUAUUACUACUGAACGUACUCCAUGGCUUGACUCAAAACAUACAAUAUUCGGGAGAGCAUAUUCUGGAUUAGAUGUUGUUCAUGCUAUUGAGUCUAUUAAGGUUGAUAGGCAUAAUAGGCCUACUCCUAUUGAUAUCGCUCCUAGAAUUCUUAAUAUAACUGUACUAUGA